AUGUCACUCCUUAAACAUGUUGACCCGGCGGUGGGCUCUGCGGCUGGUGCCAUACUCUUCACAACCCUUACACAAUAUUACCCGGCGAAAAGAUUAGAGCUGUGCUCAGAGAUAGUGUGUUGGGCUAUUCUUCCCUUUAUUUUUAAACGAUUUCCAUCAUCAGAUUCUCACUCAACAUUGUCAUUUGAACAUACACAAGAGUCGAAGAAACAAAACCCGUCAACAAUAUCGCCGUGGCUUGUCCCUGUUGGUAUUGCCGCAGCUGCAUUUUAUAAGGCUGAGAGUAACAAAGUUGGCUUUUAUCCUCUUCUAACGCCUCUAUUGCUUGCUGUACAUGCAUAUUUCACAUCUCACUCAACAAGUUUUGAUCCUCAAAUACAAACCCCUCUUAUCAACACGGUCUGGGGUGCUGCAUUAACUGCCAUCCCUGCUGUACUAUCACUCUCAAACGGAGAUCUCUUCGGAUCACUUAUCUCCAUUAUCUUGGUCGUGUCCCUACUUGUUGUUUAUAGUAUCCUUAUUCCAGGCCCAAAACUACGUUUGCUGUCUGUCGACAUCGCGACAUGUAUCGAGGAUAUCUCUUUUCGAACAGCAUGCCUACUCGUAUUUUCUGUUUUUACGCAACUACUCAUUCUUGGACCACCGACUAGUGACAUUGUCACUAUACUACUAUCCGGUUCAUUAAAGGCUGCAUCAUGGUUCUUCACUAUACAAACUGCAACCCAAAUGUCUUGGUCCAUAGCUCCCACUGUUGGGACAUUUGUUCUAGCAUGUGCCAGGGAUCCCUCUUCUCAAAGUUCCCAACUACAAGCCAUUUCCCACGUCUUGGUGUCGACUGUCUCCCUCGCUCAGGUUACGCAGUUCCUACCCAAACAGGCCAAGGGAAAGUCGGUAAUAUGGCUGUUCCUAUCUCUAUCAAUCCUUCCUUUUGUCUUUAACGAAUACAUGAUCUACGAAACUCAAAAUGCAGCGAUCAACACUUUCAGUCAUGGUCGACAACAUCCCGUCGAAAUUCUAGCUGGGCGAUCGAUGGAAAAGUUUGAAUCAACGAUGAGAAACCAGUCCGGGACCUACGAAGCUGCUGCACUCGAGUACAAACGCCGAUACCGCCUCGACCCUCCAACAGGCUUCGAAGGCUGGUUCCAAUUCGCUCAACACCAUAAAUCUCCUAUCAUCGACGACUUUGACAUGAUCACUGACUCGAUAUCGCCCUUCUUGAAACUCAGCGGAAAAGAAGUAGCAGAAGCCAUGGACAAGUUAUAUAAAACCUCUGGGAACGAAGUCUGGCUCUGCGAGUUCCUGGGCAGGACAUCUACGAUGAAAUGUAAACACAAGAGUCGUGUUUAUGACAGACAUUAUAGUUUUCUGUUCAACAGACUACUAUAUAACCUCCCAGGGGUUCUUCCAAAUGUCAAGCUUCUCAUCAAUCAUUUCGAUGAACCCAGACUGAUGAAUCAUUCACCAAAGGGCGAUCAAAAGAAGGAAAUCAACCUCACCGAUAUGUCGCAACGGCCCACUUGGGACACUUUAACGAGGCGCUGUUUGACAUCACAAGCAAGAUCUGGUGGGGCUACGAAAAAUGCUGGGGCUUUUGGGUUACCAUUUGUUGAAGAUCACCUGGCCGAGUCAGAUUUAUGUCGACACCCCGAAUAUCAACGUUUGCACGGAGCAUUUAUAAGCCCGAAAACAUUCCCUCUCAUUGAGGGCUUGGUACCAGUACUAUCAACUGGCGCAUAUUCGACGAUGGGGGAUGUGUUGUUCCCGAGCCCAGCCUACAUCGAGAAAGAAUUCCAAUAUGAUAGCGACCGGGACAUGCAAUGGUCAGAGAAGAAUAACAAUCUUUACUGGAGAGGUUCAACAACUGGUGGUUACGCACAAGACGGUCGGUGGAGAGAUUACCAACGUCAAAGAUUCGUAUCGAUGACUCAGAACCUGGGACAUCAAAAACAAUCGUACCUACGAAAAGAGGGAGAUUCGAUCAGCACUGUUAAGUCAAGGUUUCUAAACGGACGACUCUUCGACGUUGGUUUCACGAGGAUCUUCCAAUGCGACCGGAAGUUCUGCCGGGACCAAAGUACCUACUUCGACGUCAAGUCCUGGGCCGACAAGGACAAAGCUUUCAGCUCAAGACUUGCAUUUGACCUAGAUGGGAAUGGCAUUAGUGGACGAUACUACAAGCUCUUGGCUUCCAAUUCCCUCCCAUUGAAACAAGCUCUUCUGCGGGAGUGGCAUGAUGAGAGGUUGAUGCCCUGGGUGCAUUAUAUCCCCGUGAGCCAAAGUCUGGAGGAAUUACCCGAACUGGUUACCUACUUGACCUCGAUUGAGAAAGGUCAGAGAUUGGCUGAGGAUAUUGCGAAUCGGGGUAAGAAGUGGAUGGGAAAAGCUGUGAGGGAGGUUGACAUGGCGAUUUACUUAUAUAGGUUGAUAUUGGAACUGGCUAGGCUUCAGGAUCCAGAGCGCGAGGCGUUCCAAGUAACCAUAUAG